AUGGAUACAACCCAUCAACGUAGAACACUAGAGCUCACCGUCUUAUCGGCGGAGAACCUCCGCGUGGACGGGAAGCCAGCCACCAAGAACCUCUACGUCGUCGUUCGAGCCGAGUCAAUCACCAGCUACACCACCAGCAUGGCAGCUGGCGGUGACGGUGGCGGUGGCUGUGGCGUUAUGUACAACCCUUCAUGGAACGAGAAGUUGUUGGUGGACAUGGCCAUGCAUGCAAGGUCUAUAACGUUGGAGGUGAAGUGCAAGAGUUCAACAAGUGUCAAAGAUGUUGGGGUGGCAAGGAUAGCGGUUUCCGAUUUUCUUGGAGGGGUUGUGCCAGAUCAUUGCUUGCAGUUCUUGAGUUAUAGGUUAAGGGAUUGGGAAGGUAGCUGCAAUGGGGUGCUUAACUUUUCCGUUAGGGUGGUGAAGUCACCGGAAUAUGUGCCAUCUCCGGUGGCGGCGAAACCGGAGAAGGUGGGGCCUUGUGGUUUUCAGAUGAGAGAUUCUAUUGGAGAGAGGAGUCCUUCUCUUGUUGUUAUAGGUAUUCCUGUUCAGUGGAUUAACUAUGGUGGCAGCAGUGUUUGA